AUCUUUUCAAGUCAGAAAAUCUUCACUGACAUUUGAAACAUGUCGACAAGCAAGAAAGGAGAUGUUUUGUGCUUCUUUAUCAACGGGAAAAAGGUAACAGAGAACCAUGCAGACCCUGAGACCAUGCUGCUGUCCUUCCUCAGAGAAAGGAUGAGGUUAACUGGGACAAAGUGGGCCUGUGGUGGUGGAGGAUGCGGGGCAUGCACGGUCAUGGUAUCUCGCUACCAACCUGCCACCAAAACCAUCAUCCAUUUUGCCGCCAACGCCUGCCUGCUGCCGCUCUGCCAGCUGCACGGGGCCGCCGUCACCACGGUGGAGGGAAUUGGCAGCACCAAGACACGCAUCCAUCCUGUGCAGGAGCGGAUUGCGAAGGCUCAUGGCUCUCAGUGCGGCUUUUGCACACCUGGGAUGGUGAUGGCGAUGUACGCUCUGCUGAGGAACAAACCUCAGCCCAGCAUGGACGACAUCACAGAGGCUCUGGCUGGGAAUCUGUGUCGCUGUACGGGAUAUCGACCGAUCGUGGACGGCUACAGGACUUUCUGCCAGGAGGCAACCUGCUGCAAAGUGAAUGGAAGUGGAAACUGCUGCCAGAAUGGAGGAAGUCCCACCGACGAACCAGAGAAUGAUCCACCACAGCUGUUUUCCAAAGAAGAGUUUCUCCCCCUGGACCCAACACAAGAGCUGAUCUUCCCUCCUGAACUCAUCCUGAUGGCAGAAAAAGAAACCCCACAGACGCUCACCUUUCAUGGGGAGAGGAUCAGCUGGGUGUCCCCUGUCUCUCUGGAGGAGCUCGUUCAGCUGAAGGCGGAGAACCCUAAAGCUCCGCUGGUGAUGGGAAACACCAACGUUGGUCCUGAUAUAAAAUUCAAAGGCGUCUCCCAUCCUCUGAUAAUCUCUCCAGUCCGCGUGAUGGAGCUGUUUGAGGUCACUGAAACACCAAAGGGUGUUUGGAUCGGAGCUGGCUGCACUCUUGCCGAGGUCCGGUCCCUGUUGGAGAAGCUCGUUCUGAAGUUUCCGGAGGAGAAAACUGAGCUGUUCCGAGCUCUGAUCCAGCAGCUGGGGAACCUGGGGAGCGUGCAGAUACGAAAUGUCGCUUCUCUUGGGGGUCAGAUCAUCAGUGCAUACCCGAACUCUGACUUGAAUCCUGUUCUGGCUGCAGGAAAAUGCAAAGUGAGCGUCAUUUCAGAUGAAGGAAGACGAGAAGUUCCCUUGAACCAAGAUUUCUUUGUGAGCUUUUGCAAAACCAUCCUGAAACCGGAGGAGAUCGUCAUCUCUGUUUUCAUCCCUUUCACCAGGAAGGGGGAGUUUGUCCGAGUUUUCCGCCAGGCUCCAAGAAAAGAGACGUCCUUUGCCACGGUGACGUCAGGGAUGAGAGUGAGUUUCUCUGAGGGGUCGAGAGUCGUUGAGGACGUCAGUAUUUACUAUGGAGGGAUGGGAGCAACCACCCUGAGUGCUGCUAAAACCUGUGCAGCCAUCACUACAAGGCCGUGGGAUGAUGAGACCCUCAGCCGGGCCUAUGACAUCCUCCUGGAUGAACUGCCCCUACCUCCGUCAGCUCCCGGAGGAAAAGUGGAGUUUCGUCGCUCUUUAUCCCUCAGCUUCCUCUUCAAAUUCAACCUGGAGGUCCUGCAGAAGCUCAGAGAGAUGAAAGUAAUUGAAGGGGAACUUCCAGAGAAGAUUGAGCCUUUACCCCGAGACAUCCAACCCAGCCUGCAGGAAUUCCAGCAUGUGUCAAAGGACCAAAGCAAGCAGGACCCUGUGGGGCGUCCCAUGAUGCACCGCUCUGCCAUCAGCCAGGCGACAGGCGAGGCCGUUUACUGCGACGACAUCCCACCAACAGAAGGAGAGCUCUUCCUGUCUUUUGCCACCAGUACUCGAGCAAAAGCUAAAAUCACCGGGAUCGAUGUGAGCGGGGCUCUGCGGCUCCCCGGUGUGGUCGACGUCAUCACCGCCAAAGAUAUUCCUGGACCAAAAGUCAGAGAGAUGUUUGGAUAUGACGAGGAUCUGCUUGCUCAGAGUGAGGUGUCAUGCAUCGGUCAGAUGGUUUGUGCCGUUAUCGCAGACACGAGGGAACACGCCAAACGAGCAGCUUACGCUGUGAAGAUCAGCUAUGAAGACCUACCUGACCCCGUGUUCACCAUAGAGGACGCCAUGGAGAAGUCGUCUUUCUACCUGCCGUCGAGGAUGCUUGAGCAAGGAAACGUGACUGAAGCUUUUAAAACUGUUGAUCAGAUUUGUGAAGGUGAGAUUAAAAUGGGCGGUCAGGAACAUUUCUACAUGGAGACUCAGAGCAUGCUGGUCGUUCCUGUUGGAGAGGAGAUGGAGUUCAACGUUUACGUCUCCACUCAGUGGCCCACGUCGACACAGGAGGCAGUUGCAGAGACGUUGGGCAUCCCAUCCAACAGAGUCACCUGCCACAUCAAAAGGCUGGGUGGAGCUUUUGGAGGGAAGAUCACUAAAACGGCCAUACUGGCCAGUAUCACGGCUGUGGCUGCUUGGAAGACCAAUCGUCCAGUGCGCUGUGUCCUGGAGCGAGGCGACGACAUGUUGAUCACCGGAGGUCGCCAUCCCAUCCUGGGAAAAUACAAAGUUGGUUUCAUGAAAGAUGGUAGAAUUAUGGCUGCAGAUCUUCAGUACUACACCAACGCUGGGAACACCGUCGAUGAGUCUCUGCUGGUGGUUGAUAAAAUUGUUCUCCACGUGGAUGCAGCCUACAAGAUCCCUAACCUGCGGGCCUGUGCCACCGCCUGCAGGACCAACCUGAAGUCCAACACUGCCUUCAGAGGCUUCGGUGUGCCGCAGACUCUCCUGGUCGUGGAGAACAUGUUCAAUGAUGUAGCCAUGGUUCUCGGACGCCCAGCAGAUCAGAUUCGAGAGAUCAACAUGUACAGGGGGCCGUCGAUCACACACUACAAGUUUGCGUUCAAUCCUGAGAAUUUGCUGCGCUGCUGGGAAGAGUGUAAGAAAAAGUCGGAAUUCGACGCCCGCCGCAGAGCCACCGACCAGUUCAACCAGCAGAACCGCUGGAAGAAGAGAGGGAUUUCCAUCAUCCCCAUUAAAUAUGGAAUCGCAUUUGCUGAGAGCUUCUUAAAUCAGGCUGGAGCUUUGGUUCACAUCUACAAAGACGGCUCUGUUCUCGUCACUCACGGUGGGACAGAGAUGGGUCAGGGACUCCACACCAAAAUGCAACAGGUGGCGAGUCGAGAGCUUCACAUCCCAACCUCCAAGAUUUACAUCAGUGAAACCAGCACCAACACGGUCCCCAACACCUGCCCUUCUGCGGCCUCCUUCGGCACGGACGCCAACGGCAUGGCGGUCCAGAAUGCCUGCCAGAUUUUGUACCAGCGACUCAAGCCAGUCAGGGAGAGGAACCCCAAAGGACCAUGGGAGAGAUGGGUGAGUGAAGCAUAUUUUGUGGACAAAAUCAGUUUAUCAGCUACUGGAUACUACAGAGGUCAUGAUCUGUAUAUAAACUGGGAGAAGAUGGAGGGUCAGCCGUACGCCUACUACACAUUCGGAGCUUGCUGCAGCGAGGUGGAGCUCGACUGUCUGACGGGAGACUACAGGACGGUGAGGACAGACAUGGUGAUGGACAUAGGGAGAAGUGUGAACCCUUCAGUAGACAUCGGACAGAUUGAGGGAGCGUUCAUGCAGGGUUUGGGCCUCUACACAAUGGAGGAGCUGAAGUUCUCCCCCUCCGGGCUCCUGUACACUCGAGGUCCAUCUCAGUAUAAGAUCCCAGCUGUAUGCGAUGUGCCACUUCGCUUCAACAUUUCUCUGCUGUCGGACUCACACAAUCCACACGCCAUCUACUCCUCCAAGGGGAUUGGGGAGCCCACCCUCUUCCUCGGCAGUUCGGUCUUCUUUGCCAUCAAAGACGCCGUGGCCGCAGCACGCUCAGAGUCUGGUUUGGUCGGCCCGUUUACUCUGAACAGCCCUGCAACGCCGGAGAGAGCCUGCAUGGCGUGUGCAUCCCCCUUUACUCAGAAGAUUCCAGCCAGCGAACCAGGAUCUUUCAAACCAUGGGCCUUAGACAUCUAAAAUCACUGUUUUUAUUACCUACAUCAUCCAAAGAAAGCUUGACUGACUGAAUGCUAAAUAUAACAUACAACAGGCACAAAUAAGCAAUAUAUUUUUACUAACGACUCAUUUUAAAGUAUAAUGUAACCCUCAGACUGCUAAGAAAGAAGUCAUGUAUAUUGGUAUAAACUGAUGUUGUUAAAUAAUUUAGGUCCAACUUGAAUCUUUUAAAAUCUUACACUUGUAUGAAAAAUGUGAUUUCCCUCUACAGGUUAAACCAGGGUACUGCAGCUGAACCACUUUAGCACCGUCACCUAGUUGAUGUCUAUGUUUAACACGAUGUUUUAGUAAAUGUUCCAUUUAAAUGCAUUCUUGGAGCCUUUGUCCAUAGCCUGCUUUUUUUAGCGCCUAUUUUUAAAAUUUGAAACCAGUGUAGUCCAGCGUGCUCUUGGUGGAAAAAGCCCCCUCAGCGUCAGCUUAUAUUUCCGCUGUGCUCAAAGUGCUCUCAGAUGGAAAUUGUUCAACUUUUGGAGCCGCACUGAGCAUGUCUCUGCUUUUCACUUCUCCCUCACUUGCCAAACAAAAUCAAGAAGGGGCGGGACUUCUGACAGAAGAGAAAACGAUCCAGCUUGGCUUUUUCCUCUUUUUUUGGAGGGUAGUUUUCAGGUCUGCAGCUGCUGCCUGUGUCAGGACAGGAUUCCUUUACACGUGUCCUCUGUGUGAUAUUUGCUUGAAAUAUGGAAAUAUGACACACAUAGAGCUAUUUUCAAACAACAUUACAGUAGCAGCCGAGGAAAGCGGGGUUUACUUUUUGUAAUGUAGCAAUAAGCUCUGGCGAGAAGCGCUCUGGAAAUGAAGUCCUGAGAGCUGCCAGUGCAAAAAAAAAAGCUGGCUAUGGACACGCAGCCUAAAGGUGGUACAUACUCUAAAGGCAUUUUUUUCAAAAGGAUAGAUGCACUUCAGUCAGAGGUCUAAAGGCUAAAACACACCAGCACUUUAGGACACUGCUCUAUUCGAAAAUUUGCAUUUUUGCUAACUCUGGCGCAUUUACAGUAUGUACUUCGUACGUUUGUUCAUUAAUGUGCACUUUCCCUUUCAAAUAAAUAAAUAAAUAAAUAAAUAAAUAAAAUAAAAUUCUGGACGCUGCUGGCCAGGCAUGUAUAUUAAAACUAUAAAUUAAAACACGACUGCACACGCUUAUUUUUUUCUGAGAGAAAAGCUAUUUUGUCCAUCUCAGCUGCCAUAGUGGCAGCUCUAUUUUAGAGAGAAGCAAAAGUAAUUCUCUUGGUCAAGGUGUAGCGUCAAGAGGACUCUACACCUUGGCUCUGGGGUUUAGUUAUCCUUUAAAUGUACUAUUAUGACAAAAAAAUAAAAAUACCUGUUUGCUUUAGUUUACUCACAUUUUUUGUUUGAAAUUGAAUGUAUGAUGUGAUGUGAAUCUCUUAAAAGCCCCUUGAUUUUACAAAAUGUUCAACAUUUUUCAUUCUUCAAAUAC